AUGGGCGCCGCCCGCGGGGUCCGGCUGGUGCCGCUGCUGGCGGCCGCCGCCGCGCUGUGGGCGCCGUGCACGCUCGCCGUGCGGGUCCUGAGCGGUCAGAAGGUGUGCUAUGGUGACUUCAAGCAUUCAUGUUACAAGAUAGCAUAUUUCCAGGACUUGUCUAGACGUGUGGGCUUUCAGGAGGCCCGCCAAGCUUGUGAAAUUGAUGGUGGGGCUUUACUGAGCUUGGAAAGUGAAGCUGAACAGCAACUGAUAGAAAACAUGUUACAAAACCUCACCAAAUCAGGCUCUGGGAUUUCUGAUGGUGAUUUCUGGAUUGGGUUGUGGAGAAGCAGUGAUGGACUAGCCACAACUGCUUGCCCUGACCUUUACAAAUGGGCUGAUGGAAGCAUUUCACCAUUCAGAAAUUGGUAUACAGAUGAGCCUUCCUGUGGAAGUGAAGCCUGUGUUGUGAUGUAUCACCAGCCAACUGCAAAUCCUGGUCUGGGAGGGCCAUAUCUUUAUCAAUGGAAUGAUGAUAGAUGCAACAUGAAGCACAAUUUUAUCUGCAAGUAUGGCCCAGAUAAUGUCUUGGAAAAAGAAUUAGGAGACAGAGCUGAGCUAGAUUACGGUAUCUUUCCAACAGUGCCAGCUGGAAAUCCUUAUGAUACAAACAAACCAGAAGAUCAGUAUCAUGUUAUUGCUACUGAAACAGGUAUAAUUCCAAAUCUAAUAUAUGUCAUAAUACCCACUAUACCACUAUUGCUGUUGAUAUUGGUGGCUUUUGGGACUUGCUGUUUCCAGAUGCUUCAUAAAAGUAAAGGAAGAACAAAAACCAGUCCAAACCAGUCCACACUAUGGAUUUCAAAGACACCUAGGAAGGACAGUAGCAUGGAGGUAUAAUGAUUUAAUGACUGAAAAUGAAGCAAAAAUAACAUUUUUGCAGUCAGACUGUAUUAUAGUGUCAUCUCAGACCAUUAGCUUGGAAUGGCUUGAAAAUUGCAAAGGAUCAACAAGAUGAACUGUAAGCUCCCCCUUGAGGCAAAUGUUUGGAUCAUUCUUUUUAUAUAUAAUGUUUGAUUGUUAAUUCAGUAACAAAAUAUGCCAUGCUAAAUAAAGGAUAUGUGUUUAUUUUGCUAAGAGACAUAAGUCAGCUAGUAGUAAGCAAUGAAAUGAACAGUGCAUUUGAAGUUUUUAUGGGGAAAUAUCGGCAAUGUAUGUCAGUUUUAAGAUUCUUUGUAUUUAAACACAGCUUCGUUUCCUUUAAUUUCUCCUGCAUUGUAACUUAGUUGAUGUACUGUAAAUUGAACUGACAAUUUUACAGUGUAACAAAAUUAUUUAUCUUUGCAUAAAUGUUUGAUACAAAA